ACAUUGGCUUAUGUCCGUCAGCUAUUUGUCAAACAAAAACAUCUCGAUAACACGAAAAAAAUAACUAGUUACAAUGAUAAAAUGGAGAUAUUAUUGAGAUUUGUGCCAACAAAUCCAUUAAGAUUAACCGUUUCUAGAAUUUUAGUUAACCAAGUAGCUCAUUACACUAGAUUGGCUGAAGUCGGAAAACUCGAAGCUCCGAAGACUUCUGGCAAAUAUGACACCGGGCAGUUAAUUCUACAUAAGGUUUUCGGGUAUAGAGGAGUGAUUCUGUUCCCUUGGCUGGCGAGAGUGUACGAUAGAGAUGCAUCCAAUAAGAAGGAGAAUCCUGAGACCACGGGGACAGGAGAAGCCACCGGGGAUACGCUCUCUAACGUAGGCAAAGAGGUCAAGGGCAGGACUCACACCUUCUACCAGGUGCUGAUAGAUACAAGGGAUGCACCUUACAUACGAGCCCAAACGGAGGCAGUGACGUUCCUAGGCAACCAGGAGUCGUCUCGCAGCCUCUACGCCAUCCCGGGGCUGGACUACGUGGCGCACGACGACAUCAUGCCCUACUCGUCCGUGGAGCGCGUCCCACUGCAGCAUGAGCUGUUCGACAAGUUCCUCAUGCACAACCCGGACAAGGACCCACCCUUCAUAGCGCAGGAGACGCUCCGCGCGUGGCAGAAGAAGAACCACCCAUGGCUCGAACUGAGCGACGUACACCGCGAGACCACGGAGGGCGUGCGAGUCACCGUCAUACCGUUCUACAUGGGCAGCCGCGAGAGCCAGAACUGCGCCGUCUACUGGUGGCGGUACUGCAUCCGACUAGAAAACCUCGGCGCAGCGGCAGUCCAACUGCGCGAGCGGCACUGGCGCAUCUUCUCGCUCUCCGGCACGCUGGAGACCGUGCGCGGCCGCGGCGUGGUCGGCCAGGAGCCCGUGCUGGCGCGCCACUCGCCCGCCUUCCAGUACUCCAGCCACGUCAGCCUGCAGGCGCCCUCCGGACACAUGUGGGGAACGUUCCGCAUGGAGCGCGAGGACGGCUACACGUUCGACUGCCGCAUCCCGCCCUUCUCCCUCGAGAGCAAACCCGACGACGCGCCCGCGCCGCCCGCGCCCUCCGCGUGACGUCACACGCCUAUUUAAAUGGCGACGAGGAAAACGAGGCGGUUAUUAGUUGGCGACGAGGGAAGCAGAACUAAACGUUAUUUAGUUUAUUAACUAUUGUUAUUAAUAUUGUUUUGAUCACACUAGUCGCAUCGAAAUCAUACUGACUAAAAUAACAAAUACUAUUCACAAUAAACCGUAUAAUUUGUAGAUAUUAUUUUUGGCCAAACUUGACAUCUAAAUUAAAGCAUUAAUGAAACUAUUAUGUUAAUAACUUAAGUUUCUGUGUGCAAUUGAAAUUGUAGCUUGAGAUUAAGUAAUACAUUAUACAAUAAAUACUCUGUGAUAGCAUACAAUUUAUUAUCAUUUGUCACAAUGUAAAAUCUGAAAAGAUUACAUCGUCAGGUGACAAGCAAAAGUCCCUAAUUACUAAAAAUUAAAUUAAACAAAAAUCGACCUUCUUUUAGUACUAAUAUGGUUCAUUAUGGUUAUGAACUUGUGGUGGUCAUUAGUGAGUUUUGCUUGUCACCUGACGAUAUAUACCAAUUGUUUCUGUAUAUAACUUCUGCUUCCUAAAUUGCGAUCUAAAUGGCAAGGUGGUGCAAUAACAUCGUUAUUGUGAUCGUUAUUCACCAUUUUAGAAUUGUGGCUUGUAAACUACAGAAGCUGGAAAACGAACUUCAAAACAGCUUUAAAAAUGCACCUGGUAAAACUAGAUUGAAAACUAUUCAGUUCAAUUUGUAUAAAAAUAUAAUAACUUCGGUUCGAACCAGUUUUUCUUAUCAAAACUUUGAACUGGUUAAUAUGUAUAAUUAUUUUAUGACAUCACGAAAUCCUAUAAAAAUAAAUAUAAAUGUGCGUCAUAUGCUUCUGUUUAUGGGAUUUCGUGUUGACAUAAAAAUUUGCGAUCCCGCGGACAAUUAGCGAGUGACAAUAAGCUGGUUGUUUUAUUUGAGAAAAAAGUUUUGUACAGAAUUUCCUUCCAUAUUCCAUAUGUACGAUUUUUGUGCAAGAAAACUGAAAUUACUUUUUUAAUACAGUUGCUCAAAAAGUGCUACUUUACGUAGCUGUUUAGCGUGCGGAAAGUUGGUUAUCUCGAACUAGUGCUUUUUACUUUUCCAAUUUUUUUAAAUUUAUACUUGUUCCAAUUCACGACUACUUAUUGAUGAGUGUUAAUAUUAGUUUCCUUUAAACGUCGUAAUCAGCAUAAAAACCUACCGUUAAUGUAAGAAUACGAAAAAUAUUACAUAUUUCAUAUUUAAUUACUUACCUCUUCGUCAUUAUAACACGUUUAUUUUUUAAUAUUCAAUAUUGAAAAUUCCGUUCUUAAUAAGUUGACUGAAUGGAACGGAAUAGCUGUCAAACGCCCAUAGAUAUAAUAUACUUAAAGACGACGUCUAACCGAGCUGUCACUGUUACCACUUUUGUUUAGUGUACGAUUAACAAUGUUUUUCUUAUUUUUUCGCAACUGUAUUAAAAAACGUCGUUCGAUACACGUGCGGAAAUGUCAUUCUUCACUCGUCCCGAGUCUUGCCACUCGCCUGCGGCUCGUGGCAAGAUAUCUCGGUACUCGUGAAGUAAUGACAUACCUUCCGCACUAGCAUCGAAAUGUACUAUUACAGUACAUAUGGUCCUAUUUUCCCGCACUAGUGCGUAAAAUAGCACUUUUCGUGCGUAUGUCAAAAGUUUAAAAGGCCAUAUGUACUGUAAAACGUUGUACGAUACACGUGCGAAUAGGUAAUUUGCAACUCGUGUCGAUUUAAAACACUCCCUUCGAAUUUCCUCUUUUCCGCAGUUGUAUCAUAAAUAACUAUUCCCCGCCGGUGGAAUCGGUGCCUCAAUGAUGGAGAUUUUCAAGAUACCUCAUACAUAUAAGCUGAUAAUCUAUAAUGAAAAGCUCUAUUUUGAAUAUCGUUUCUCAGUGUUCUUUAAAGUCAAAAUCCGUUAUUUUAUGCCAAAUUUUAACUGUUAUCGCAUUGACGUUAACAUUCUAGCCAAUUCUCUAGGAAAAGUAGCAUGUCGCUGUCAGAAAUAGUUGUAUUUAUAUUAUAAUUUAAUUAUAGUAUUUAUGAACCUAUUCAUUGCAUCCCUUUGUUUGUUCCACUUGAAACUUAGUCAUCUUUUUAAAAUAAAUGCAUAGAUCUUUAUUAAAAUUACAGUAUUGUGAA